AGGGUUAAUGUUCAUGCUGGUGCUGAUGCGCAUCUUUUACGCAGCCAUUGUAUUUAUUCAGACGCAUAUUUAAGCUACCUGGCAGUUAUGAUAUAGUGUAGGAUUUGAGGGGAACACAGCAGCAGGGUUAAUGUUCAUGCUGGUGCUGAUGCGCAUCUUUUACGCAUCCCGCCCUCCAUGACGUAAGACAAGGUACAUAAACUCAAGUUUGACAAAGCUGUGCUCUGUACAGUGCCGGUGCUGAGCAGGUUUCUUUCUGAAAUGCACCGAGUGGCUUUGUUUUUGGGGGACUGAAUGUAUUUGUGUGUGUAGAACAGCUCUGACAGUGUGACAGGGCUGAAAACUGCACGCAGCGGCGCUAAUCUGGCAACCCUGAGCAGGGAUCCAGUGGAGCAGCAGCGGCUCCAUCACACGACCGAACGUGCUGACUUUGUUUAUUUGUUUAUUUGUUUAUUUGUUUUGUAUUUCCGUUUUGUCCAUGGGUUGCGGUGGAAGCAGGAGCGAUGCCAUCGAGCCCAGACGCCAUGAGAGCUGGACCAGAGAGACAGAGUCGACAUGGCUCACCAGCACAGACGCCGAGGGUCCGAAUAACAGCAUCAGUAAAGGUGUGGAAGCACGAUCUUCUCUCUCUUCUAAAGACAAAAGAAUGGUUAACACGGGCAUACAGUGUGGAAAACCACCCUUAACCUCUAGCACAUGUACAAAUCAACAGAGAAGGUCUGACCUUUACUCUUAUGAACCAACAAAUGAAACUGGAGAGCGUCCAAGAAAGUGACUGUUCCCUCAAAUGAUGUUUCGUGUAGCAGCGACACAGCCUCAAACCCAGCAAAACCAAAUGGUGGGAGUUCAUUCAUGCAUGAAAAGGAGAGUAACAAGGGCUGGUGAUAUGACUGUAAUUAGGGACUUAAGCAGAUUUCAGCAGUCAGGAGAAAGGACAGUGUUUAACAUCCCCCAGCAUACACUCUGACAGGAAUGGCCCUGUUAUCCCUUAAAGGCACUGUCACAAGGUUAAGCUGCAAGGAAAGAAACAAUAGUAUGGCCUAUAAAAAGCCAAUUCCAGCAUGGCUCAUAACAUUUAGCAAAAAAAAAUGUAGUCGUUUAAUGAAUUUAUUCACAUUUAGGGCCAACCACUUUGCACAGACUGAAUAAGGACUGAAUGCACUGUGAGUUUCCCAGUGAAGGGCUUUUGCAAUUUGUGCUGUGUGUGAUUUUUUUCCUUGUGUGAAAGAAUGAGGCAGUUAUUUAAUGUGAAUUAUGUUCAAACAGACUAAAUCACAGUGACAUUAUUGAACAAUUCGAUAAGGUUAUUGUAAUGUUUCUUUAUAUAAUGCGUAUGGGUGGAAUAGUAUGGAACAUUCAUGGUAUGAUAAUGUUACAAUUUUCAGUAUAUUGUGGUAUCUGGUAUAUGCAGACAACAUUUAAUGACUUACAAAACAAGAGCAUAUGGAAAUAACUUUUUUUUUUUUAAAUUAACAGACUAGCUACAGCGAUAUAGGGGAAAAUCGAUAAUAUAAGUAUUUCAGACCUCCUUAUCAUGGUGUAUCGUCAUACCAGUAUAUCAUCACACCCCCAACUAUAAUUAUAAAUUAAAUGAUCUGCCUUUUAUUAAGUAUUCUGAAUAUUUACAAAUUAGUGUUUACUGCCCAUGUUUUUAUUAUCAUUUAUUUAUUUAUUUAUUUAAUUAUAGGCCUUGUGUCUCUUAAAUUUACAGACCUCUAUAUUAUUGAAUCAUAAACCAGUGACAUUCAUAAUUCACCAUGCUAAGUGUUUUUCUUGGUUUGAAAAUAAUUAAAUAUAAAAUGGCUUGACUGGUAAAAGCUAACCAAUGACUAGGCUACAUGCGCAGGCUUGCCUAUAAUUAAUAUAUUCAAACAACUUCAAAUUACAGUUUGCUUUGCGCUUUUGUGUGAUGUGUGAAUUAUAAUGUUUACUUUAAAAAUAAAGAGUGAGAUUGUGAAGUAUGGUGUG